ACCAAACCUGUGACAGCCCUCAACUGUGCGACCCAAAGGCGAAUGCGGUUGCCAGGGAAAUACGCUUUUAUUUCGCCGUAUUUCUUAAGUAACCACCUUUCUUGAGGUCUAAUACUCCGGGCUGUGUCCGAGCUGUCUAUUUGACUUUAUAUGCCUGUGUGUGAAGCCUGUGUAAAAGCCACCCCAAGCUCUUGUGUUAGCUCGCUUGCUAGUCAGCCUUUGUUCCAUAUCCAGACCAGUGUGGCCAUCCUUUAGGAUUCAGCCUUCAGCUCCUGCAUGCAACUUCCUAUAGAAUUAUUCUCGCAAAUGAAACUCGUUGCAUCGUUGGCGCCGUCGUACGUGGACUUUGUUUUGGGAGAAAUCUAGCUUGCGUAUGAAUUACGUCUUGGCUCGGUCUUGCACAGGUAGCGAUGGAGCAAUGCUCAAGCACACGGGCUUCACCUCCAGACCCAGUGACGUGUCCUGAGAGCCCAGCGGGAAACACUGGCGGGCACGCCGGGGAGACCGUCAAGGAUGCGUACGAGUGUCGGAUUUGUGGUUAUAAAGCGCUAGACGUUAAAUGCCUCAGUCAACAUCUGCACGCCGCGCAUCCAGUCACCAGCAUUUCGGACUCGAACUCGGUGAGGAGUGAAGACGAUGACACCCCAGAACAGGAGCGUGGCAAAGGUGUGCAUGAUGGGGCGACGUCUUGCUUAAAUGGUGAACUAAGCUCACGACUGGAAAAGAGCCCUGUCAAGGAUAAACCAAUCUCCCAUGAAGAAUCUGAAUCUGCUUCACUUCAGAACCCUGAAGAUUCAAAUGAGACGUUAUCCUCCAUGGAGGCCCAAGAAGAAGAAGAGAGGAUGGAAGUCUCACCUGGUCCCAAAGCCACUGAGAGCUUAACGGCUGUAUUACCUCAGGAGAAGUCCCCUUGCUCUUCAUUGUCUAAGCAGGCUUGCCAAAAGAGGCAAAAUGCCUCCACUGGCACAUCGACCCACAACAAAACUAACUUGGUCUGUCUCCCAUUGGUAUCGGAUGGAUUAAAACUUAUUUGGGUUCGCUCUGAGCAGAUCCAUGAGCUGGAUGCUGUGUCAGAACUUGUGGAAGCAUUUAACGAAUUCCCAUACCCUACCCCACAGGAGGCAAGUGCUCUAGCUCGAAGAUGUGCAUUACAGCCAGAGCGGGUUAAAACAUGGUUCAUGAUGCAACGGGUACGCUAUGGAAUCAGCUGGGGUGACGACGAUAUCCAGGAAACACGACGCAAGCUGUGGUGCAUUCAGAAGAGAAAUGUAGUGGAGGAAUGUGUGGAACUAAACGAUGAGGAGGAUGAGCUGCAUGAUAAUUCAGGAAAUGAGAGGAGCCUAGAUGGACAGCAGCAGGCAGAUAAACCGCCACCAGUAGCCGAGGCCCAUAUUUAUCAGAGAGACCACACCCCCAAACCCAGCCAAACUGUUCCUCAGCACAGCACCAGUGACCAACACCGCUUUGAUGUUAGUCAGUACAAUAAAACUCCCCAAUACAACAAUGGUGUUCAGCAGUUCCUCAAUUCUAAUGUUGUGUACAAUAAUGGUGUUCAGCUCUCAUCCCAAGUUCCUCAAGUUAUUACUCAGUUCCAGACUAACAGUAGAAACAUAACCCUUCAUAAUACUGGAGUCCAACUCAUUGAUGCUCAUGGACAAUCACAAUAUAUGAUUAUGAAUAACCAACACUCUGCAACUCCGUACCAUUCAGGACCACACCAACUUUCCGAGCUUUCAAAGUCUUUGCACAGCCUUCCGGGGAAGAAAUCUAAAGCUCAGCUGAUGGCCCUGCGCCGCAGUUUUGUUCGGAAGUCAUGGCCCACUGACGCCGAAGUCGAACGUCUUCAGGGAGCAACCGGACUGAAUCGCCGUGAAAUUCGGAAAUGGUUUGCAGAUAGCCGCUACCAGCUUCGCAGGAAUGGCCGGGCUUGGAUAGCCAAGCUUGCAAAGCUGAAUCGAUCAUUUCAACAAACUGGACAGAACUCUCAGAGUGAGCUGCCUAGUGGGAGUUUAUAUAGCAACAAUGAGGUUGCAAACACUGAGUUGGGCUUUGAGGUUGAUGUGGGUGAUGACGACGAAGAGGGGGCAGACAACCAAUCGGUUGAGACCAGAGAAGAAGUAAGUGAUGAAGGCGAGUUCGAUGAUGGCAAUGCUUCCAUUCAACAAAACUCUGCAGACCGCUCCCCCUCUCCUUCUGCUCCUUCUCCAUCAUCAUUCAUGCAUGGCCGGGUAGAAUCCAGUGUGCGACUUCGUAAAAAGACAAGGGAACAGUUGGAAAUAUUGAGACAAAGCUUCCUUCGCUGCCAGUGGCCCACAAGUGAUGACUACCUGAUUCUGCAGCAGAAGACGGGCCUUACGCGGACAGAGAUUAUCCAGUGGUAUGGAGACACUCGAUACCACAUCAAACACAAUCAGAUGCGCUGGAUGACUUCACAGGAGAGACAACGCAUCAUAGAAGUCAUAACCCAACAGCAGAAAAGGGGCGGAAAGUAUUCACGCCCCAAAGUUUUGAUGGAGGGUAUGGGCUCUGGGUUGAGUUUGGGGGAUUCUUCUUUAAUUAAUGGAGGGGGAGGAGGUGAAACAGCAACAUGGGAUGACUUCUUUAGAGGAAGUACACCAGUUCUUCCCUAGGGUGAAUGUUUGCCAAGGCAUUUGAAGCUGUGCAGAUAGGUGGAAACUUAACUCCACAUCACUGCCAAAGAUGUUACACAAAAAGUUCAACUUUUUAAUUUUCUUCCUUAUUUUUCUGGAUGUUUUUACUCCAAAAUUAAUGCUAUGAUCCAGGGCCUUGUACUGUAGAAACUCUUUCACAACAUUGUUAUGCAAUAACUAUCUCCAAACUUAAGUAUCUUACUUGAAUCAAAAUAUUUAGUAUUAAGGCCAAAACAUACUCUAUGCAAGUACGUGUUUGCAGACGCACCUUGCUACGUAAGCUCGAUUUUACACCUGUUGCAUUGUGAAAUAUGUCAGUCCUUAAUUCAUAACUCAACACAACUACACACUGUAUUCUCAGAGUUGCCACAAGGGGCGCUAUAUCAGAUUUUCGUCUUUCAAUCAACUACUGUCAUGGUGGACUAAGGCAGCGAUUUGAGUUGAAACUUUUAGAAAAAAUACAGACACAUAAUUGUCCCCAGUCCAUUCAGAAAAUGUAACUCUGUAUACAGCCUCCUAAGGCAACAUUUUCCUGGUUUCGGACGCAGCACCAGUUUCGUGGUCAUGCCUAAAAACAUCUAUUUCCCUCAUGUGGUCUGAGGCUUGUAACCACAAGAGCAACGCAAGAACGCAUGUAACAUAUGUACAACGGGACCACGUGUUGGUCAUGCGUUCGCCAAGUACUCGUGUUUGCUUGAAGUAUGUUUCGGCCUUUAGAAUGUGUACCUUAAAGUGAUCAAAACUAAAAUUGUGUGCGGCAAGGCACUGAAUUAAUGUAUAAUGUAAAAUGUAUUUUAUUUUGUAGCUUGUUUUAUCAGAGUUAUAUUCAUCGUGGUUCUCAGUGUGAUUCAACAGAGCGAAUGCAUGUGUGUUUCCAUUUUAAUAUUUAGGUUUCACUUCGAGCUUGGAUAUGUAGAUGUUUGCUUUUACAAAGUUCAAUUGUAUGUAAGGUUCUAAGCAUAACUAGAAACUUUUAAAUCCACAGUGCUUUACACAGCUUUGUUUCUAAAAUAACUCUUUGAUGGAAACCAUGUGUUGACAGAAAAAUACUAAUUUAUGUGCUUGAUUUUAUUCCAAUCAUGUGCUUGAUUUUAUUUCAAUCAUAAUACUCUGUCUUUUUUUAUUAUUAUUUAAUACUAAUUAAAAUUUUGUAGUAUCAAAUAAGUUUAUUAGUCUAUGCAUUGAGUAAACUGACUAGAGAGACUGUCCUUUUGUGCUCAAGCUUUUUGUACCAAUUUGGUUUUACUUAAUAAAUUGAUCUUAAAAACAUGGAAAAAGUGUUUGUUGUAACUGUUCACUAUUUCUGAACAUUUAUUUAUCUAUUUACAUUGCCAUACAGAUGUUAUUAACAUGUAAACUUAAAGAACGCUAAGCAUGAAAUUACAUUUGCAUCUAUGCAUUUGGCAAACUCUGGAUUAAAAAAAAAAAAAAAAAAAAGUAAUUUUACAGUGCAUUCGAGGUAUGGGUUUGUGAGUUUCCUGGUGUCAUAAACCAGUUGAGCUACAAGAACCCCUAAAUAAACAUUUAUAAAUUAAAUGAAAUA